AUGAACGUUCAGGAGCCGCUGAUGGAGGAGUACAGCAUCGCGACCCAAGCGUGGAAGCUCAGCUCGUGCGACAUGUGCGAGCUGGCGCGCAACUCCGUCCUAAUGUCUGGAUUCCCUCACGAGAUGAAGCGCCAUUGGCUGGGGGCGCAUUACACGCGGCCGGGCCCGCCGGGCAACGACAUAACGCGCACCAACAUGCCAGACGUGAGGGCCUCCUACCGUCACGAGACGCUGCUGGACGAGCUGCGAAACCUGUUUGGGGAAAUU